ACCCCCUCACCUCAGCAGCAGCUGGGAGCUCUCAGUCACCACUCCGCUCGAUCUCCCCCCGCACCACUGCGCCGCGCAGAGCGGAGCAGAGCUUCUCCCAGAGCUAGAGCUUUGCGCUAGCCGUCCGUGGCGCGAGAAUCCCGAGAGCUCGCGCCCCGAGCAGGAGCAGGCAAUGCCGGUCCAGGACCCUUCCUCCCCCGUGCCGGCGGCGGCGCGGCCGAAGCGCACGUCGUCGGCGCCGAUCCGGCCGUCGGACUACACGCACAGCCCGGCGCACCACCGCGUCGCGCUGCGGGACGCCGCCGGGCUGGCGGGCGUCCUCCAUGGGCUCCCGCCGCUCGCCCACCCGAGCCGCAUCCUCACCGCCGCCGACGCCGCCCGCGAGGCCCGCCUCGCGGCGUCCGUGUCCGGGGCGCUCGACCGCCGCGACGUCCCGGGCGGGGACACCGCGCUCCACCUCGCCGUGAGGCUCAGGCUCCCCUCCCUCGCCUCCGCGCUCGCCGCCGCCGGCGCCGACCCCACGCUCCAGAACCACGCCGGGUGGACGCCCCUCCAGGAGGCGCUCUGCCUGGGUUGCAAGGACAUCGCCGCGUGCCUCCUCCGCGCCCACCGCCUCGCCGCCUGGGCCAAGCUCCGCCGCCGCGCCCCCGCGCUGUCCGCGGCGCUCCGCCGGGUCCAGGACUUCUACCUCGAGGUGGACUUCCACUUCGAGAGCUCCGUCGUGCCGCUCCUCUCCCGCGCCGCGCCCUCGGACACCUACCGCAUUUGGAAGCGCGGCGCGGAGCUCCGCGCGGACACCACGCUCGCCGGCUUCGACGGCCUCCGCAUCCGCCGGGCCGACCACUCGUUCCUCUUCUUCGGCGAGGAGGCCGACGCCGGCGGCCGCCACCUCCCCCCGGGCUCGCUCCUCGUGCUCCACCGCGGCAAGCGCGAGGUGCACGACGCGUUCGCGGCGGCGGCGGCCGCCGGCGACGAGGAUUCGGCCACAUCUGACGCGGCCGCGUAUCGACCGGGGCUCAACAUCUCCUCCGCGAGGCUCGUGCCGAGGACGACAUGGCUACGGAAGGAGAAGACGGAGAGCGUCGGGGAGUGGAAGGCUCGGGUGUUCGACGUCCACAACGUCGUCUUCUCCUUCCGCACGCUCAAGGCAGCCAACGCCGGCCGCAAGGACUUCACCUUCGAGCUCGCCGGAGACGACGACGACGACGACAACAACGACGACGAGGAAGACUUCCUCCCCCUGGAGAUCCGCGACGAUGACGAGGACGGCGACUUCCUGGUCGCCGACAUCCCCCCGCCCCCGUCGCGCCGCAGCUGCUACGUGCCCGGCCGGCGCAGCGUGGCGGCGCCGCCGUCGCACAUGGCGACGCCGCAGAGGCGGCGGAACAGCGUGGACGUGCCGCGGCGGCUCCCGGCGUGCGCGUCCGUCGGCCGCGGCGAGGGCGGCGUGUUCGGCCGCCACGCCACCACGACGGGGGGAGCCAGGUGGAAGGAGGAGGAGACGGUGAAGACGCUGCGGCCAACCGUCUGGCUCACCGAGGACUUCCCGCUCACCGUCGACGAGUUCUUGCCGCUGCUCGACAUCCUGGCCAGCCGCGUCCGCGCCGUGCGCCGCCUCCGCGAGCUGCUCACCACCAAGUUCCCGCCGGGGACAUUCCCGGUGAAGGUUGCCAUUCCUGUUGUUCCAACGGUGAGGGUAGUGAUCACCUUCACCAAGUUCGUCCCUCUCCUCGAGCCGGAGGAAUUCUUCACGCCGAUGUCAAGCCCCAGCCUGUUGGUGAGCCCGGGUCCGGGAUCCAUCAUGCACAAACCAGACACUCAGAAGAGCUCCUAUUUGAAGUGGGGCUUGAAGAACUCCAGAUCGAAGCCGGUGAACCUGUCGCAGGUUGCGGACAACACCGACCCGUUCACGAUCCCGAGUGACUACACUUGGGUAAGCCUCGGGUCUAAGGGCCAAGACAAGAAGUCAUCCAAGACUAAGAAGGGGAAGACCAAAGAGACCAAGCUUAGCUAGAAUCAGGUUACAUGAUCCAGUGGCCCUGGUUCAGUGAGAGCUCCCAGAACCUGUAAUUACCAAAUCAUCUGGGAAGAGCCAUGCCACUGGUAAUAAUACCUAGCAUUAGCUUUGCACUACUCAAGAAGAAAAGCACAAUGGUUAUCAGUAGAUGCCAGGGAAUAGAGCUUGUGAAACCAUGCCUGGUAAAUUUCUCCCCCCCCCCUCUCCUGUUCUUCUCAACUGAUUGUUCAGCUGUGUUGUAAAACUGCGCAAGAACCGAGACGCUCAAUCAUUACAUGGAUUCCUUCUGUUCUUUCUGUGUAAUCCUAUCUAGGUUGUGUUUAGUUCC